GCGGGCCGCUUCCGGGAGAGCACAGGCCGGACCAGCCCGCCGCGUGUAGCCGCCGUGCGCAGCCUGGAGGCCGGCGCGAUGGGCGCCCACAAGCGAAAGAGCCCGGCGCCGGGCCCGGGGGCGGCGGAGACCAAGAGAGCCCGCGGCGCGGAGGGGGAAUUCACGGGCACCCACUUCAAAUCUCUGCUGCGGGACCCCGAGACCGCGAUCAAGGGUUUAGAAAACUUCGUCUCCACAGCUAAGACAUUACCAUCUACUGAACUAUAUGAUGUAGUAGAGGGAUAUAUAAAAAUUUCUGUGGAGUGUGCUGAAAUUUUCAGACUUUUGGAUGGUGAAAGAAGGCCUGAAAGUGAAAUGCUGUUAAUUUUUCAAGCUUUGGAAGCCAUCUUGUUGAGAACAGCAAGUGACCUGUCCCAUUUUUCUGUUGUGGGGAUGAACAUAGUAAAGAAGUUGAUUAAUAGCUAUAUGAAAUUAAUCUAUGCUGCUUUGUAUUCUGAAAGUCACAGGAUGACUCGAGUAUGCCUCACCUUGCUGUCGGCCAUGGUGGCACAGGGGCCAGAUUCUGCAAGGGAUGUCUAUAGCCAUUUUGAUUUUAAUAAUAAAUUCCUGCCUGGAUUAGUGAAGAAAAGAGAUAAGAAGGGGAAACCAGAUGUCCGUAUGGCAUAUAUUCAGUUUGCUCUCUCCUUUUUAAUUGCUGGUGACAACACUAUCCUAGUACAAGUGCUAGAGUUAAAAGAUUUCAUUCCAGAUAUUCUUAGGACUGGAUUAAAGGAAGAUAAAGUUUCUACUAUCAAUCUUCUGCUUUCCACACUGGGAACAAAGGUGGUUCAAAAUAAGAGUAUCAGUAAGACGCAGAAGGUGCGUUUUUUUACUGUGGAAGUGUUAAGUCACAUCGCUUCUCUUUACCGUUGGAAUGGGAUUACCGAUGUCAGCACUGAGGAUGUCAAGAUUACUCAAGAUCCUGAAGAGGCAGGAAAGGUCAUGGUAAGAGAACUGGUUCAUAACUUCUUAAUGGACCUGUGUUGUUCUCUGAAACAUGGCAUUAAUUUCUAUGAUCGAAGCCUUGGCACGUCUGGCAGAGGAGGAAAUUUGGUGCUUCUGCGCUUUCUGCUGAAUUUAAAAACUGCAACAGAGGAUGAGAUGGUUGCUGAUCUUAUGGUCAAUAUUCUUAAAGUGUGCCCAGAUUUACUGAAUAAAUACUUUAAGGAAACCCAAUAUUCCUUCAUUCCCAGACUGAAGUCAACCUGGUUAGACAAUAUCAAAUUGCUAAAAAAGAUCUAUGAGGCUCAACCAGAGAUUUCCAACUCUUUUAAAACUGCAGAGUUUAUUCCACUCCCUAGAUUGCUUUCUAUGGUGAUGGUAACAACACUUCCUGUGGUGUGCAAUAAAACUAUGUUCACCCAAGGAUUAAAUUUACCCAGCAAAACAGUGAAACACACCAUCUUGUCCCUUAUGUCAACUAUUUUGAGAAGAGCCCUGAAAAAUAUUGAGCACUGUCUGAAUGAGGAAGUAUGGCAAAAGUCAGAAAUCUACACUCCACUGAUGAUGCAGGAAUUUGUCCAACUGUACAGAGAAGCCCUUAGCAAGCUUUUACCUGACAUGAACAGCAUAGUGGCGGUCUGGCAGUCACUUCUAAAACAAGAGAGAGAACAACAUGAUGGGGAGAGAAGGGAAGACACCAUUUCCACUGAGGAGGAAAUGACUGAGAUCACAGAAACCAAUGAACAGCACGGCUCAGAUGAUGCAGAGACCACUCUUCUGAAAGCUGUGUUACUUCAGGUCAUAUGCCUUUGUCAGAAGGUUGUUCCCCAUUUGGUAGCUCAGAGCAACUUUGAUUUCAGCAAACUGCUAAAAGGUAUUGUCACUGAAAAAGGACUCCGAGAGGAGAUCCCUCCUGUUCUACAGCACCAUAUACUGAAAGUGGCCCUGGAACUGCCGGCAAAUAAAUUUGCCUGGUUCAGAGUACAGGAUGUCUCGGAAACAGAAAAGGUUCGUGGUGAAAGAUCAGUAUUUUAUUUACUGAUGAAAAUGUUUGUAACAAGUAACCAUUCACAACUGAAAACGUCAACAAAACAACUGAUCAUCAAGGUUUUGCAUGACAGUGGAGUAUUUGAGUACACGUGGAAGGAACUCGUACUGUGGCUGGAACACUUGGAUAAUACAAUAGAAGACAAAAAGGAAGCCGUGAUUCAGUUUUUGGAGAGGAUUUUAAUGAAGUUGGUGACAAACCCCUAUCCAUACACGGAUAAAGCCGCAGACCUUGUCCAGGAAGCCAGUAUGCUCCAAGUCAACUUAUUUAAACAAGAUGUGGAUAGUGUUAGCAUACCCAUCUCUCACAUUGAUGAUGUCCUGGAUAUGGUUGAUGUCCUUGUGGAGGGCAGCGAAGGCCUAGAUGAAGAAAUUGGAUUCAGUUUAAAUGAAGACAUGAUUCUACACACCUUUCCAUUCAGUGCUGUUGUCCCUGCAGCGUUAGAAGCCAGGAAUAAGUUGUUGCUUCAGACUGAAAAUGAAAUGGGAGGAAGUAUAGUGGAGUAUCUUGUUGCUGUUUUUACUGAUCUCCUUCACAGUCAGAGAGAUCCCCUGGCCCUCUGUCUGAUGUUUCAGCUCUUCGAUAAAGAACUCCAGUCACUGAAUGCAUCUCAGUAUCCUCAGCUCUACCAGUUUAACCAAUACUAUAGUCUCUGGAUACCACAACAAGCUAAGGAAACCUUGGUGAAACAAACUGAAUGCAUAAGCAGGGAGCCCAUCAUGCCACCAGAUUCUUCGUUCCCCUCCUUGCUGAAGAUUGCCUUUGAGAGAGGUGGCGCUGUCCUGCUGGAAGAUGGUGUCCAGGCAAAGCUGAGAGAGGCAGCUUCCCAGCUCCAACUUCAGCAGCUUUUGCUAGCAGUCAAGCACGUGCUGCUGUACCUAAAAACCACGGUGGAGAACUUCAGCAGUUUCAGUAAAAGUUCUGGUCCUCGCCUUCUCGGUCUCUACAUGGACCUGCUGAGCAGCUUGCUGUGCCGAUGUGAUCAGAUGAAGUUGUGCAACGAGCAGAAACAAGAAGGGGCCCAAACUGAAUCGGAUCUCUUUAUGGAUUUAGAGUCUGUGGCCACAGUGGAGUCUGCAAAUGACAAGAUGCUAGAAGAUAUGCUCAUGUUGAUCUUCAAACAUCCUACAUUGGAGACCUGGUUCUUGGCUUUAGAGCAACAUUCUCUUCCCCAACACAACUUAAACCCUGUCAUGGUGAAGCUUUUGUCAGCUCAUGUAAAUAAUGGCAUCCUUCAGUUACUGAUAGUGAGUGCUCCAAUGUUGCAAAAUAUGAAGCACAUAGACAUGCUGUCUAAGUAUUUUGAAGCCAUCACUGAAAGUGUCUUGGAAGAGUUACGUGCUGGAAGAAAAGAAAAGAACAAGGUAUCUCCCAAAAAAUCCCAGCAGCUGGAGGCUCUGCAGCAGUUACAUGUUUAUAUGGAUGCGGCUCAGUUAAAAGAAGUCACGCUAACCAUGCUCCAACUUCCUGAGGCAAGCCUGACCACUCAAAAAUCUGAAAAUUCCCCUAAAAAAGAGAAACAUUUAAGCUUCUAUGGGAAGACACUGGUGCAGCUCCUCACAGAAAGCUACCAAAGACAGACCAAUCAAGGAGAGCUGCUGUUAUCAACAGAGCACAUUAAAGGGAUGGGGACUCUGUUAUCAACAUCAAACAGUGAGGAUCUGGAAAAAGUCUUCCUGCAUGCUCUCUCUCGAGAGCCCCUCUUUGCCCAUGCGGUUGGUGUAGAUGUACACGUUUACUGCCUUAACCACAUGACUGAAACUUCCCUUGCCAUUGUGGCUUUGCUGAUCCAGCAUUGUAGGACUCAUCUGCUGCAGUUUGAGCUGUGGUGUCUGAAUUGUGCAACUGGAAAGUACCUAAGGAAAAAUAUGGACAUCUUUCUUCCACUCAUCAACGUAUAUUUGCAGAGUAGAGAGCAGUAUGACUUUACACGGCCAUCAAAAGUCUCCUCAGCUGUUGUACCUGUCUUGAGAGUAGCUUUGUGGAAAGAACUGUCCAGAAAAAUUCUAGAUACAGAACCAUCGCAAGAACUCACAGCCGUGAAGUUGCAAGUGUUUUCCAAGCUGGUACAGUCUUCAGAAAUUGAAGCGCUAACUAAUCUAAUUGACCAGUUACCUGGAACUCUUGAGAGAGCAGAAAAUUAUGAGAGUUGGAUUGUGGCAGAUUCCAUAUCGAGAGCGCUGGAGAACUCUGCUGAGGAGUUGCACUCCUGGAAGAAAAGCCUCUUGGCAGCCUGUAUAAAGUGGUUAAUCACCACAUAUAACAUCAGUAAAGACCAAGAAAACAACCAAGGAACAGAGAGUUCCAUGCUGUUGAGACUAGAAGAGUUAUUGCAUUUUGUUAAUGAAGUGGUUCCGGCUGACUGGCACAGUCUUGUGAAGAUGGGACUUAAGUAUCGCUACAGAGAUCAUGGAUUUCUGAAAACUCUUAAUGCUGCUGUGCAAUUGUUGUACACAAAAGAGAGCCCUCUUAGUCAGAGAUUAGUCAAGCUCUCCAUGCUUUACAUGAUGAUCACGCAGCACUCUUCAUUUUUGUCAGCCAUGCUGAGGUCAAGAGAAGAAGAUAACACGAAGAUUCAGACAAGAGAGGCAUUAGUGGAUGUAUUGUCAACUAUAGUGAAACUCAAUCCCUCAGUCUGUGAGAGCAGCCACUUCGCUGUGCUACUAGGAUCCUAUGGUGCAACGCUGAGUGGUGUCGAUCAGAAAAUUUUACUGCUUCUUCAAUUAUAUGAGAAGAAUGAUCUAAGUCUUAUAAACUUUAGGAUAUUGUUGUGGGGGCCAGCAGCUGUGGAACAUCACAAGACUUGCAAGAGUCUGGGGAAGUCACUAUGGCAGCAGCCAAGCAUGGAGGAAAUGUUGUGUCUGCUAGAUAAAGAGAAGAUGAUGAAGACUAUCCUACAUUUCCCUCAACAUCGCCGUCUCCUGCCACCAGAGGAAGGACAAGUGCCAUUGUAUAGAGAUAAAAGUGAGAAGGAUCUUGAUGAUCUCUAUGACCCCUGUUUUCUACUUCAGCUCUUCAGUGAAUUGACCAGACCAGAGUGUGUAGUGGCAUGCCAUGCAUUUGUGGAAGUGAAUGCUUUGGGCCUCACAGUAGCUGCCCUGAGCAGCUAUGAUUCCAAUAUGCGAGCAGCAGCAUACUAUAUCCUGGGUUCCUUUCGUUCUCACCUGGAAGGAGCUCGCUUUCGAGAACAGAGACAGCUCCUCUAUCUUAUGGAUGUUGUGCAAAAUGGAAUCAGACAACCGAAUCUCAGAUUUACUUUCUCUUUGACCCUCUUCGUUGCUAGAGUGGUGCAGCAAAUGCUGAAGCCAGAGGAGCACAUGUACACAAAGAUAAAUAAAUUCCUUCUGUCGCAUCAGUACUUGGACUUGAAGAAAGUACCGGGAUUUUAUCAGCUUUUCUACAGCUUUGAUUUAGAGCACAAAACAGAACGUGAGUGGGUUCUUGGGCUUCUUGGAGAAGGACUGCGAGAUAAGCACUGCUAUGAGCUGUACAACUAUCAGAGGAUUUUCCAUGUCAUUUUGUGCUUCUUCAACAGUCCGCUGUGUGAUGAAGCCUCCCAGAGUCACAUUCUGGAAAUACUGCAAAAUGCUGCACGUAUCACUAAAGCAGCCUAUGAACUGAUACGAGACCACAGCCUCUUAACCUGGAUAUUGUAUAUUCUGGAGAAAAGGUUUCUGGAAAACAAGGUGCUAACCAAUGUAAUCUCCUUAGUCCACACUCUGUGGAUAACAAAUUUAGGAAACAAAGGAAGGGCGAUGCCACUUCAAACUCUUUGCAAAAAAGAGCCGCAGGAGAACCAGAAGUUCCUUCCUCUUCAGCUUAUAAAUGAGUUUCUGUAUGUUUUGAUCAUGCUUGUUAAACACAUUCGGACCAACUUGGAUUUUGCCACGCUCACUCAGUUUUUCAGUACGUUCAGUUCUGUGCUAGGAUACCGAGCUACUGUUGUUGUGGCCUUCAGACAAAUGGGCAGAUUUACUGUAAAUGAGAGUGUCCUUUCAAACAAAGAUGUCCUAAUGCUCUUGCAUAAGUGGGGCAUCAUUGAAAGAAAUCUGCAGCUCCAAGAAGAUGUGCAAACAACUGCUCAAAAAUAUCAAGUCAAAGAGUUGCUUAAAAAUAUUAAAGAAAAGAACAAAGGUCAAGUCCCAUUUCGGCCUUCAUCUCGCCAUGUUCGGAAAAAGGAUGUGGUAGAAAGAGAAGAAGAAACGGACUCAGAGCUGAAGGACUCAAACUUAGAGAAAUGCAGAGACCAUCUGGAGUCCAUAUUGGUUCAUUGGGAGCCUGUUUAUCCAGCCCCGUUUGCUAAACUUCCAGAGGAACAGCUUGAAUCUACUGAUCCAGAGAAUGAAACUAUCAGUCUUACAUGUGCAACUGCUUACAUAGUAACCAAAUGGCUAGUGAAGUCCAUGGUUGACCAUAGCCUCAAUAUACAAAAUGUAUUUUUGACUCUCAAGUGGCUAAACGGUAGCAUUUUGCCACACCCUCCGGUAGUGCGGGAGAUUCUUAGGGAUGCCACACUGAAAAGUAGUGUGUUUAAGCUUUACAACAGAAUCUGUGAAGCCAACGAAGAGAAGUCAUCAAACAUUGAAGAGCUCUGUUUGUUUAAUACAAUCAUGCUUCACUUUCUGGAUGCUCAGGGGUUGACUAAUGCCAGUUGUCAUAAGGUGGUGAAAACGUUCUGCCUGUCAGCAAUGAAAGAAAAGGAUGAAAUCAAGAAAGCUUCUUGUGUAUUCCUGGCUUCUGUUUACAUUGGGGACAUUUGGCUUGGAGCACAGGAACCAGAUAUGUUUAUAAGCCAUGUCAAAUUGAUCUGCGGUGGUACAGAUGGUAAAUUAAAUGGUGAUGACAAGAAAAUGCACAAACAAGCGGAAGAAGCCAUGGUGUCUCUUUGCAAAGACAUUUAUUUAGCUAUUUUGGGGCAUUAAUUCUCUAUACUGACUCAUACUCAAAAUGUCAAAUCCUAUGUCAUCACUGCUGGUAACCAUGAAAUCCUCUUUGAAUUGUACUAUGUACAAAUCUAACUUGUUUUCCAUACACUUGUACAAGCUCAGAAAAAGAGAGCAAGGCUUAAAAGAAUUCUGUACACAGAGAAUCUAGCAGUAGAAUAUUCAAGCAGUGUUUGCUCUUUCUUUGGCAGACAAGGGCAAGGUGGGACACUGGAGCUAUGAUGUAAUUUAUACUGCAAACAUUUUUUACUUUCUAGAAUACUAAAAAGAAAAAUUGCUGAUUACUGCAGUGCCUCCAAACUCAUUUUCAUUUCCCCAUUGGCCAGAGAACACAAGUCCUAGCCAUCAGAACCAAGGAGGAAACAUAACUAUGGCAAAGACCUAUCUUCUCACACUUCUGAAGAGAUGAGGGAUGGUCUUCUAUGUGCUUAUCUGAGUCCUAACCCCUGCUUUUCCAGAGAGUGGGGAUGAGUGUUUCCGAAGCAGACCCAACUUCUGCAUCAUAGAGAGAGGGAAAAAUGUGAACCUGAGUCUCCUGUGUAACAGUGACAUGCACUAGGUUACUGCUGACUGGGACAGUCUAAAGACUCAGAUUUCAAUAGGAUAAUGAUUGGUCCUUCUGCCUAUUUUCUCAGUAAAAGCAUAAUGCUAUGGUACUGCUUCACUUAUGUUAAAUCCAAAGAUUGCUUUCUUCAAAUUAAGACAAAAAAUAGUAUAAUUGACCAAAACAAGACCUAAAUGAAUUGUUCCUCAUCAAAUAAAAUUGUAUUCUUUUGCACGUUGUCCAUGAAAUCUAAUUAAAGAUUUCUUGAACAAGACCUGGAAGGGGCAAUAUAAUGUACCAUUUCAGAUAUGCAAACAUGCAGAUGCUGCAUUUCAAGCUUUGAAAUGUAAAACAGGGUUUGUUAUAAUGCCUCAUAUGUGCUAUGCAUAGGUACUUUGUACAGAUUUCUGACUGGAAGUAAA